ACUUUAUGUUGUAGCCACUGAGACAAAUGUCAGGAGCGUGGAAGGACAUUACAAGAAGUAAUCAUGUAUAGAGUUUUAUUCCGGACAGCGUGCACAGCUCGAAACGCUUCAGUGAGUGUGUAUGAGUCGUGUUUGUCGCCGGCUAAAUGUGACAGAGCUGCAGCUCCAGUGUUCUGGGUUGCAAAUGGAGCCAAAGCCCUCAGCACAAGUUCAAUCCGGCUCUGUGAAAAGAAAAAUGAUGUUGCCCCUUCUAAUCAAGACGAGAUAACAAUUGCAGAUAAAGAGGCUGAGCCAACAGAAACUCCAACGUUGGUUUCACAGAAAGCUGAAGAUGAUGGCAAAGUCAUCGCGAUGGCCGAACAAAAAAAGGAGGAGCCAGUGGCGUUACAGACAGAUGAUGGAAGCACCACGCAGCAGCAGGCGGAUGUCAAAAUUGAGCAGGUCGUGGAAACACCACUAGAAGUGAAGACUGAUGCAGCUAAGGUUGGGAAAAAGGGUCUCCUUGAGCUUCUUGGAGCCAUGAAGGUGGAGGUAACUAAUAAGAGGAGGCUCAAGAACUUAAAAGCAAAGCCAAGUUUUGAAACUACACUGGUAUCAAAGCCAGCACCCAUGGAGAGCACCAUCAGUAUGUUUCAGAAGGCCACAGAGGAAGCUUUGUCACAGUGUGAAACACUGGAUCCUAAACUGGUUGCAGCAGCGUCUGCGGCUGCCUCCACUCUGCCUGACCCCAGCCAGGCCGAGUCCGAGCUGCUCAGACAGCUGAGGCAGCACGAGUCCAUCAGCGAGGCUCAGAAGAAAGGGGACAUGAGCAACCUCGGACUAAUCAUCGCUGACAUGAAAGUGAAAAAGAAGCCUACCAGACAGAACGCCGAGGCGGUUAAUCAGAUCCAGUUUGAUGACGACGGGCGAGGAUACACAAGAGACAUAGGAGUCACUGCUGAGCUGAACAAUGUUCGGAGAAAGAGGAGCUUGUUCACAGGGAAGAGGCUGAACAUCUUCUCCCCCUCUACUGAUAAAGACAAAGUUGAAGCAACAGUUGCACGACCAACUCUGUGGAACGUGGAAUUUGCUAAUAAGUUAGUUCACUGGACUGACCAAACGCCUCGCAACGGGUUUGAGGAAAUGAUCCAGUGGACCAAAGAGGGGAAAUUGUGGCAAUAUCCAAUCAACAAUGAAGCUGGCCUCGAGGAGGAAGCCAGUGUCCCGUUCCAUGAGCAUAUUUUCUUGGAGAAAUACUUGGAGGAGGGUUUCCCCCAUCGGGGACCAGUGCGUCACUUCAUGGAGCUCGUGGUGGCCGGUCUGUCCAAAAACCCUUACCUCACAGUUCAGCAGAAAAAGGAACACAUUUCCUGGUUCAGAGACUACUUCCACCAAAAAGAGGAAGUCCUCAAAGAGGCUGAUGUUUACCUCAAAUGAGCUUAAGACAAGUGCAUACAUUUUCAACAUUUAAAGUAAGACCCAUUUAUGCAGCAGGGCUUUGCAAUCAUGAUCACCUUUACUGAUGCAGGUUGGAUUUCUUCCAGGAGGCGUGUUGGAGUGGACUGCCAUCAGGUCUGUGUCAUGGUGUCAAACAUUGAACAGUAUCUAGUGUUUCUGAAAUCAGACUGUAGAACCACUGUGGAAAUGUUAUAAAAUGGCAAAAGUCCAGUCAUGGCUUUUUGUUUAUUUGAUUUUCUAUCAGAUAUCCAGAUCCACUGUACCACUGAUCAUUAUGUUCGCAUUUUAUUCGCAUAAUUCAGUUUUAAUGCCAGUAAUGUGUCAGUAGUGAGGUGAUUACAUCAAUUCAGGUGAUCAAAUGAAAUAGCAUCAAAUAGCAUCAACUACAUCAAAAUACAUUUGGAUUUUCAGUGUCUUCACUAAAUUAUAACCCAAAUUCCAAAAAAUUGUGACGCUAUGUAUAACAUAAAUAAAAACUGAAUUCAGCGCUUUCCAAAUAUUUUUUGACCUGUAUUCAAUGAAUACACUACAAAGACAAGAUAUUUGACUGAUAAACUAAGUUGUUUUUGUUUUUUUAAAAAAAUACAUCUAUUGUGAAUUUAAUGCCUGCAACACAUCCAAAAAACAGUUGGGACAGGGGCAUGUUUAUGACCCUGUGACAUCAGCCUUUAUUUCACCAACACCCGGUAAAUGUUUAGGCUCUGAGGACACAGAUUGUUUAACUUCUUAAGUGAAAUUCUUUCACACUCUUCCUUGAUAUUUGACUUCAGUUGCUCAACAGUUUAGUUUAGUAGUUCCUUUCCUGCAGAGUCACUCAGUUGUAACACAUGCACCAUGUGGCUUGGCAUUGCUUUGCUGGAAUAAGCAGGGGCGUCUGUUAAAAAGAUGCCAUCUGAGUGGCAGCAUAUGUUGCUCCAAACCCUGUAUGUUAAAGCAUUCAUGGUGCCUUCAAAGAUGUAUAAGUUACCCAUGAUGCUAUGUGUACUAUCGCACCUCUAAAUCGUCACAGAUGCUGGCUUUUGAACUUUGAGCUGGCAGCAGUCUUGGAUGGUUCUUUUCCUCUGUAGCCUUGAGGACACAACAUCCAUGUUUUCCAGCAACAGUCUGAAAUGUGCAUUUGUCAGGCCGCAGCACAUUUUUCUACUUAUUGUCAGUCCAUAUCAGAUGAGCUCAGGCCCGGAGAAGCUGGUGGUGUUUCUGGAUGUUGUUGAUAUAUGGCUUUCACUUUGCAUGGUAGAGUCUGAGCCUGCAAUUGUAGAUGCAGUGAAGAACUGUGAUAGUUUUCCAAAGUGUUCCUGAUCCCUUGUAGUGGUAUACAUUAUGUCAUCAUGUUGGUUUUUAAUACAGUGCCACCUGAGGGGUUAAAGGUCAUCUGCAUUCAAUAUUGUUUUUUUGAUUAUGUCAUGGGUAGAGGUGGUGAAAUCCCUAAAUUCUUUGGAAAUGUUUUUACACUGCUGGACUAUUUGCCCAAACAAUGUUUCACAAAGUAGUAAGCCUUGAAUUGCUUGUGAACAACUGUGACUUUUAACGCUGCCCCGUUUAUACCCAGACAUGAUCCUUUAAUCGACUUACUUGCCUUUUUACCUGUGCAGUGUUUCAAACUGGUGUUUUUUGAGCAUUCCACAGCUCUCCCAGUCUUUUGUUCCUUCCAUCCCAACUUUUUUGAAAUGUGUUGCAGGUAUCAAAUUCAGAGUAAGUAUAUAUUUUCAGCAAACAAUAUUUUUUAGCAGUUUGAAGAUUAAAUAUACUGUCUUUGUACUGUAUUCAGAUGAAUUUGGGUCAAAAUGGAUUUGCAAAUGAUUGCAUUCUGUUCUUAUUUACAUUUUACACCGCAUCCAAAAUUUUUGGAAUUGGGGUUGGAAUUGUCCUCAAAGACCUAAAAAAAAAACAGGUUGAUGAAAAUAUUUUUGUAUAUCUUUGUGUCGGGGGUCGUACAAACACCUGUGAUCGUGAUUAAUGGUGUUUUCACAGGCUGGUUGUAAAACAAGUGUGAGCUGUGUGCAGCAUCGAGGACCUUAGAUCAAGUUUACAGUAUGAGCGUAAUAAGACCUUGAACCUUGUGCCCUUUGCAAGGGAAGUGCUUUUAAAGUCAAAAAACAUGUUAACAAUGUGCCACACAAAUUCCAUCUGGUCUAAAAACACACUCUGCAAUCUAUUGUCCGAGAGAGUAUGGAAAAUAAGAGCUUGACAGUUGA